AUGACAUUCUCUGGUCUGCCAACAAAGGUUUUGCACAGGCUCCGUCUAAAGGUUGGAACAGCAGAAAAUGGGAUAACUCCAGGCGAUUGGGAGGAAUGCUUUGUUACACUGCCUGGUGAUCUGACAGUACAACAAAAGGAGCAGCUGUGUUACUUAGCCUGUAAGAAGAAUGACACUAAUGCUGUAUGCUAUGCCACAAACGAGAACCUGGACAGUUCUAAUGCCCUGUAUGCUCUCCUACAAGAUGUCAACCAGCGGAAACAGUCCAGCGGCGGAAUCAAACUGGCAGCCGGUUCCCCCUGUAACAAUUACCAAGGUUACUGUGAUGUGUUUUCUCGUUGCCGUGGCGUUGAUAAUGAAGGACCACUACAACGACUGAAGACCUUGAUAUUUAACGAAAAAACGCUUGCCAAUAUAAAGAACUGGAUUAUUGAAUAUUGGUGGGCUGUGUUACUGAUGGCUAUAGGCCUUAUCCUGUUUAUGGGAUUGUUCAUCAAGUUAUGUGCCGUGCACACACCCAGCUCAAACCUUAACGCCAAACCAGCCUUGAAAUUGACGGACACACUGAGGCGACGACGUCGUCAGCCAGAGCAACAGUACCGGGCACAGAACCACGACACUCAAUAUCCUUUGAUAGUUGGCCCAUCGGGACCCCCGCCGCCAUACUCAGCACACGGAGGCCCACCACAGGGGCACAGGAAGGGAGCAGGGGCUAAAGGCGGGAGAUACAAUAAUUUAGAAAUGCGCAAAGUUUGAACCAUAUAUCAUCUAAAUUCAAUUCAUCGUAUUUAAUGAUUUUUUUAACGAAUGUACAGUAGAAGAACAACAUUUCCAUAUGUGUUUUGAAUGAUGUAGUCCUUUGGUAUUUUUGAUAAUAUUACAUUUGUGUUAAAGAUAGAGAUCUGUGUUCAUUUCUUUGUAAAUCAUUAUGCAAACAUAAUUCCUAUUAUGAAAAACAAUAUGACGGGGUAUUGGGGUUUCAAUUGUUCAUUAUUUUUUAAUAAAUUAUUUCCUUCUGUAUUUUGGUAGAAUGAUAUAACAUUGAGGCAUUUUUGAUUGUUAAGGUCAGGCGACACGUUCCUCAAUUUUAUAUAACUUUUUCCAGGAAUUUGUUGAUGGUUUACAACUAUUUUGACAAGCUUUCUUGCAAAAAAUUAGGGUUCCUUACAAGGCAUUUCUACAAAAUACUAGAGUAUGCAAUUUCCUAUAUAAUCUUCUUGGAAAUACACUCAAAUUGCUGAUAUAAAAAUAAAUACAUAUACAGCACAGCAAAAUUCACUAUAGAGGAACUCUAUCUCGGCCGGAGCAGGGAUUUGAACUCACGACCUCCAGAACAUGUACGCAUCUGGCAGUGAGCGGCCACGAUUCUAACCACUCGGCCAUCUAGACACAUAACCACAUGUAAUUAAAUUUUAAUCAUUUUUAAAAUAAUUAUAAAAUUAAUAAUUUUAUUGGAACUCUCUAUAACGAGGAGAUACAAAAAAGAUUCUCGAAGAACGUGUCGUCUGACCUUAAUUUUUUGGAGUUUUUGUGCUCAUGCACACAGUGUUAGUUAUUGUUUACUUCAGUUUGAAUCAUGUUAUAAAAUAAAAGGCUAUACUAAUCAUUGUAAUGUAAGCAAAUAUACGUUAAAAAUGUGAUCCAUUGUUUCAAUCAAGUCAAAUACCUUCGUUAUUAAUUGCACUAAUAGUAUAACUAUGUUUAGAUGAUGGCCUAUCGAGUAAAUGUAAAUCAUUUAUGCCCUUUUCGUAUGGAUUAAAAAUAUCAGGUUUUUCCAUUGUGUGCUAUUGAACUGACUGGAGCAGAAUUACCGCACAUUGGAAUGUGACGUAACAAUGGUAUAUGUAUUCUAUUGGUCGUUCUAUUUCCUAGCAUAAUUUGUGUGAAAAAUUUCCAGCUUUCUGUGGACUCUAUCUAACCAUCAUUUUCCUUUAUGUAUACAUAUCUUUGAAAGUGGGUUUUUGCCACUUAAUUUGUAAACGUUUGUUCAUUAUUUUAACUCUGUCUAUAAACCAUUUUAAGUUGUUAACAGUUCUUUAAAUAUGUCUUACGUCUGUUUGUGUCUUUACUGAGUACAGUAUACGUACAUUUAAGGAACGUGACAAGUCCCUUACACAAUGGUAGUCACGUUAUCAUAUCCUUGUCAACUUUCAGGAUAGCAGCACUGUAGGAGCACAAUGAACUGACACAAGUAGAAACUGCAAUAUAUCCUCUAUUUUAAUUGUAUUCUAUUCAGAAAUGCAUUUAACCAAUUUUGAUGAUGUACAGGCGAUAUGUAACUACAUUUUUUAACAAUUGUUUUCACUUUAUUUCUCCCUUUCUAUUCAUUUUAUUUCAUCGCAACUGUAGCCUAAAAAAUGUUUUGUAGGGUU